CCUCUCACUCACUCAUCACUGCCUAACUGCGAAGCUGACCAUAAUGCUAGCGCUCAGCUUGCUCCUGCUGCCACUUGAAUGCUUGGUGCUGCCGAUGGAUCCCGCGCCGACCGCACCAACCUCCCUCCCCACGCCUCGAUCCGCAUUAACUACUCCCCGCUUCCGUUCUUCCUCUCUCCUUCCGAAGUCCAAAUCCCAAUCCCCGUCGCCCAAAUCCACAACCGAAACCAUCCCAUCCCAGAGGGAGGGAGGGAGGGGGGCGAGUAACCUGCGCUGCUGCGCCCCUCGCGCGCCCAAUGCCGCCGUCCUAGGCUGUAGGCUGGGCCAGGCAGUGGCGUCGUCUACCGGAGCGGAGCAGCAAGCGGAGCGGAGGGAUGACGGCGGCGGAGGAGGGGAGGUCGCUGGCGGAAACGCCCACAUGGUCGGUGGCCACCGUCACCACGCUCAUGGUCGCCGCAUGCUUCCUCAUCGAGCGCUCCCUCUCGCGCUUCGCCAAGUGGCUGCGCAAGACGAAGCGGAAGGCCAUGCUCGCCGCGCUCGAGAAGAUCCGCGAAGAGCUCAUGCUGCUCGGCGUCAUCUCACUGCUGCUGAGCCAGACGUCGCGCUUCAUAUCCGAGAUCUGCGUGCCAUCCUCGCUCUUCACCAGCCGGUUCUACAUGUGCUCGGAGAGCGACUACAAGGACCUCCUGCAGAACAAGGGCGCCAACCAGACGGCUCUUGCUAAGACCAUGUUUGGUGGCCAGUCGAUGCACGUUUGCGGAGAGGGCCACGAGCCUUUUGUCUCGUAUGAGGGCCUCGAGCAGCUGCAUCGGUUUUUGUUCAUCCUUGGUAUCACUCAUGUGUUGUACAGUUUUGUAACAGUGGUUCUAUCCAUGAUUAAGAUAUAUAGCUGGAGGAAAUGGGAAACGCUAGCAGGUCCAAUCGCUGCUGAAGAGAUGAAAGCUAGGAGAACCAAGGUGAUGCGAAGGCAGUCUACCUUUGUUUUUCACCAUGCUUCUCAUCCAUGGAGCAAAAAUAAAGUACUUAUCUGGAUGCUGUGCUUUCUGCGUCAAUUCAAGGGCUCCAUCAAAAGGUCAGACUAUUUGGCACUGAGGUUGGGCUUUGUCACAUAUCACAAGCUACCACAUUCAUAUGACUUCCACAAAUACAUGGUACGGAGCAUGGAAGAUGAUUACAAUGGGACUAUUGGUAUCAGUUGGCCACUUUGGGCGUAUGCGAUCGUAUGCAUAUUGGUCAAUGUUCAUGGUAUCAACAUAUAUUUCUGGUUAUCCUUUCUUCCUGUAAUUCUGGUCCUUCUAGUGGGUACUGAACUUCAGCACGUCGUCGCUCAGUUGGCUCUGGAAGUCGCAGAGGCAACAGCGCCUUAUGUUGGCACACAACUCAAACUGCGCGAUGAUCUCUUUUGGUUUGGAAAACCUCGGGUCCUCUGGUGGCUCAUACAGUUCAUUUCAUUUCAGAAUGCCUUUGAGCUGGCAACAUUCUUAUGGUCACUGUGGGAAUUGAGUGCCCAAACAUGCUUCAUGAAGCACUAUUACAUGAUUGCCAUCCGCUUGAUUUCUGGGCUGCUAGUUCAAUUCUGGUGCAGCUACAGCACACUGCCUCUUAAUGUGAUCAUUUCUCAGAUGGGAUCCAAGUUCAAGAAGUCGCUGGUGUCGGAGAACGUGAGGGAGUCGCUCCACAGCUGGUGCAAGAGGGUCAAGGACAGGAACAGGCACAACCCUCUCUUCUCACGGAACGGGACCGUGACGACGAGGUCCGUGUGUUCCCUCGACACCACCUACGAGACCGACCACGAGACGAACACGGUGGGCACGCUGUCGAGGACGGUGUCGGCGACGUCCCUGGACGACAAUCUCACCGUGGGCACCGUCGAUGACGACGACGAGCCGUCCGGCAUCGAGAAAGAUGUUUGACAUGCUGCUGAUCUCGUAACCCCCACGUUGCCAGCCGGAGCUACACCUGUGUAUUCGGAGGUAAUAGGAUGCAGUUGAGAUCCUGAUUUGCUGAAGAAAGAGGGCACAAUCGCGCCUCUGCUGUACUAUAUUGUAAGAGAAAUGUUGGGCGCUGUUGCCCGUCAUGGCAACCAAAUGAAUCACUGUGUAAAACUAUAUUGUGCUUCAAAGUAGAAACUGAGCCGCGGCGACGGCGUGUAGCGAACCAAUGGCUUUGUUCGUCAGUUA